CUGGGGGUGGGGGACGAAAAUCAAUCGAAGGUGUACGUUUGGUUUUAGGUUUAGCUAAGCUUCUCACUUUCGGUCUCUUCUCUUGGUAAGACGAAAGAUGGGAGGCGAAGGAGGAUCUUCGAGGAAGAAGAAGAACAAGAAUGCAAAAUCUGGGGGUUUUGAAUCCCUGGGUCUAAAUCCGAAUGUGUUCAGGGGAGUGAAGCGGAAGGGGUACAAAGUCCCCACUCCAAUCCAGCGCAAGACCAUGCCCCUCAUCCUUUCCGGGUCCGACGUGGUUGCCAUGGCUCGCACGGGCUCCGGCAAAACGGCGGCGUUUCUUCUCCCGAUGCUUCACCGCCUGAACCAGCAUGUCCCUCAGUCCGGCGUGAGAGCCCUGAUUUUAUCCCCCACACGAGACUUGGCCCUUCAGACUCUCAAGUUCACCAAAGAGCUUGGCCACUUCACAGACCUUCGCGUUAGUUUGUUAGUCGGCGGAGACAGCAUGGAGAGUCAGUUUGAGGAGUUAGCUCAGAGUCCGGAUAUCAUAAUCGCCACUCCCGGCAGGCUCAUGCACCAUUUGUCCGAGGUCGAUGACAUGUCUUUGCGCAGCGUCGAGUACGUCGUAUUCGACGAGGCAGAUUGUCUAUUUGGCAUGGGUUUCGCCGAGCAAUUGCAUCAGAUUCUCGCUCAGCUCGGGGAGAAUCGUCAGACCUUGCUUUUCAGUGCCACGUUGCCCAGUGCGCUUGCGGAAUUCGCCAAGGCUGGUUUGCGGGACCCUCGCCUCGUGCGCCUCGACCUCGAAACUAAAAUCAGCCCUGACUUGAAGCUCGCCUUCUUCACUUUGAGGCAGGAGGAGAAGUACGCGGCUUUGCUGUACUUGAUUAGGGAGCAUAUUGGUUCUGAUCAGCAGACGUUGAUUUUCGUAUCCACCAAACAUCAUGUCGAGUUUCUCAAUGUUUUGUUUCGGCACGAGGGUAUUGAGCCGUCUGUAUGUUACGGCGACAUGGAUCAAGAUGCUCGCAAAAUCCACGUGUCAAGGUUUCGGGCAAGGAAGACUAUGUUGUUGAUUGUGACGGAUGUUGCCGCUCGGGGGAUUGACAUUCCGUUGCUUGAUAAUGUUGUCAAUUGGGACUUUCCUCCCAAGCCUAAAAUAUUUGUCCAUCGUGUUGGAAGGGCUGCAAGGGCUGGUCGAACUGGUACUGCGUAUUCCUUUGUGACUUCUGAGGACAUGGCUUACCUUUUGGAUCUUCAUUUGUUUCUUUCGAAGCCUAUCAAACCUGCUCCCACCGAAGAGGAGGUCUUGCUGGAUAUGGAUGGAGUGAUGACUAGAAAUGACCGGGCAAUGGUGAAUGGGGAUACCAUUUAUGGUCGUUUCCCACAAAAAGUCAUCGACCUUGUUUCUGACAGAGUUAGGGAAAUUAUUGAUGCUUCUGCUGAACUGGAAUUAUUGCAGAGAACCUGUAAAAAUGCUUUUCGGUUGUAUUCAAAAACUAAACCCUUACCAGCAAAGGAGUCUAUUAGAAGAGUGAAAGAUUUGCCUCGAGAAGGGCUGCAUCCGAUGUUCAUGAAUGUGUUGGAAAAGGGGGAGCUAACUGCACUUGCAUUUUCUGAGCAUUUGAAAAAGUUUAGGCCAAAGCAGACCAUUUUGGAAGCUGAAGGGGAAGCAGCUAAAUCAAAGCAUCAACAGGGCCCUUCUGGCCAAUGGGUCGAUGUGAUGAAAAGGAAAAGAGCCAUUCAUGAAAAUAUUAUAAAUUUGGUUCGUGAACAACAGCAGUCCAAGACUAAUAAGGAAGAGGAGGAAAUUCAAUCGGAAAUCAUUCCUUCCAUGGAGAAAGGAAAAAAAGGUUUUGCAGCACGUGAUUCUAAGAGAAAGGCACAGUCUUUCAAGGAUGAGGAUCACUAUAUAAGUUCAAUACCAAAUAAUCAACAUAUGGAGGCUGGCCUUCAAGUAAAAGCCAAUGAAGACUUUGCUUCAAAUAGAUUGGAAGCAGCUGUCCUCGAUCUAGUAGCAGAUGAUGGUACUGGCAUUAAGAAACAAAGAUCUAUGUAUCACUGGGAUAAGAGGAGUAAAAAGUACAUCAAGUUAAACAACGGUGAUCAUGUUGCUGCAAAUGGAAAGAUAAAGACGGAGAGUGGGGCAAAAACCAAGGCCACCAAGACUGGUAUAUAUAAGAAGUGGAAAGAGCGCUCACACGGUAGGAUAUUUCUUAGAGGAACAAAUAGUGAUGGUGAUCCUCGGGAAUCAACAAGUUUGGCAGGGCCUUACCAAAGAGGGCGUAGGAAUUUUAAAGGCAGCAAGAAGCAGCAUUCAAUGCCCAAUGCUCACGUGCGUUCAGAAAUUAAAGAUAUGGAUCAAAUUCGAAAGGAGAGACAGACAAAGGCCAACAGAAUUUCUUUUGUAAAGAGCAAGUCGACAAAGGGUAAAAAGUUUGGUAGAAAUGGAAAAAAAAGAAAAGGAAAAUAAAGUUUGUUUGAAGCUCUAUAAAUUAAUUAGUUAAGGAAGAAAAGGUUUUCCAUCAAAAUUCUUGCGGAAGCGUUGCGUCUUAAAGAAUUUUAUAUUUUGAAGGGGUAGGGGAGUGAGAAACCCAUCUGACUGGAAAUUAUUCUUGGUUCGCCAACAAAUUUUGUUUGUUCAAAGUAUUGAUUCUUAACACUAGUUGCUGUACAUCGAUCACACCUGUGCACUACUUUUUAUCUUUGAAAUUCCCCUUUUGUACUUUUGGUA